AUGAAAAAAGGAAAAUCCAAAAACAACGGUUUAUUACCCAGUUCCUUUAGAAUCAUCUCUUCAUGCCUUAAAACUGUUUCCACCAAUGCCUGCACCGUCGCCUCCACCGUCCGCUCCGCCGGCGCUUCCGUCGCUAAUUCUAUCACCUCCCCUUCCGAUGAUCACAAGGAUCAGGUUACUUGGGCUGGUUUUGAUAAACUAGAGCUUGAUCAGAACCAUUGUAAGCGUGUUCUUUUACUUGGUUAUCUUAAUGGAUUUCAAGUUCUUGAUGUGGAGGAGGCUUCUGGAUUUAGUGAGGUGGUUUCCAAGCGGGAUGGACCGGUUUCGUUUUUGCAGAUGCAGCCUUUUCCUGUUGGUGUAAGCUCUGAUGGUCGUGAGGGUUUCGGAAAAUCGCAUCCUUUGCUGCUGGUUGUUGCUGGUGAUGGGGAGGAUGGAUGUAUUGGACAAAAUGGUGGUGGUGUUGGUGGUUUGGGAAGAGAGGCUGGUAAGGUGGAGAGUCAAUCUGGGAAUGGUGUUAAAUCUGCUACGGCUGUUCGGUUUUAUUCGUUGAAGUCUCACUCUUAUGUUCAUGUUCUGAGGUUUCGUUCGGUUGUGUGUAUGAUCAGGUGUUGUUCGAAGAUUGUAGCUGUUGGUCUUGCCGCACAAAUAUACUGCUUUGAUGCAUUGACUCUUGAGAACAAGUUCAGUGUUCUUACUUAUCCUGUUCCUCAGUUAUCGGGGCAAGGAACAAUAGGAGUGAAUGUGGGUUAUGGUCCAAUGGCGGUGGGUUCUAGGUGGUUAGCAUAUCCUUCCAACAACCCGCUGCCCUCAAAUGUUGGAUGCAUAAGCCCACAAAACUUGAGUCCUUCUCCAAGAGUUAGUCCAUCUACAUCUCCAAGCAAUGGUAGUGUGGUGGCUCAUUAUGCAAUGGAGUCCAGUAAACAUUUGGCUGCUGGAAUAUUCAAAUACUGUCAAGACUUGCUUCCUGAUGGUUCUAGUUCUUCAAUACAAUCAAUUUCAGGAUGGAAAGUUGGUAGGGUUACAGGAAGCGAUAUGGACAAUGCAGGAAUGGUAAUUGUUAAAGAUUUUGUUUCCAGAGCUAUCAUCUCCCAAUUUAAGGCUCACUCUAGUCCUAUAUCUGCGCUAUGUUUUGACCCUAGUGGGACACUUCUGGUCACGGCAUCUGUCUAUGGAAAUUCUAUUAAUAUCUUCCGGAUAAUGCCAUCUUGUGCACGCAAGGGCUCAGGGGUUCCAAGCUGUGACCGGAGCUCUACUCAUGUGCAUCUUUAUAGACUUCAUCGAGGAAUUACACCAGCUACGAUCCAGGACAUUUGUUUUAGUCAUUUUAGCCAGUGGGUUGCAAUUGUCUCUUCAAAAGGGACUUGCCAUCUUUUUAUUUUGUCACCUUUUGGAGGUGACACUGGUUUCCAAAUUAUCAAUUCUAUGGGGGAAGAAGCCUCCUUACUUCCUGUUUUGUCUCUUCCUUGGUGGUCUACUUCAUCUAUCAUUUCUCAUCAGCAAUCUUUGCCUCCCCCAGCACCUGUUGUCCUUUCUGUUGUUAGCCGAAUAAAGUAUAGCAGUUUUGGAUGGCUUAAUAACAUUCACAGUUCUAAUGCAAAUGUUGCAGGAAAAGUUUUUGUUCCAUCUGGUGCUAUUGCUGUGAUAUUUCAUAAUUCCAUGUCUCAUUCGCAGCUGCUUGAUAAGUCAAAAAUGAAAUCCUUAGAGCAGCUGUUGGUAUAUACACCAUCAGGUCAUAUAGUUCAACACGAGCUUCUUCCAUCUGUUGGUCCAGAGCCAAAUGAAAGUGGUUCGAGAACCCAGUCAGCUUCAGCCCCGCACAUGCAGGAGGAUGAGUUCAGAGUGAAAGUUGAGCCUAUUCAAUGGUGGGACGUAUGCAGAAGGUCGGAGUGGCCAGAAAAAGGGGAACCUUGCAGCAAUACCUGUGAUAGACAAGAUGGUAUCAAUAGAGUUCAAGAAAUGAUGUAUUCUGGUGAUGGCUAUGGGUUUAAUUUUUUUAAUAUAAGUGAUGGUGUUGGGCAAAAGACGGUAAAACCCUCUACAGGUAAGCCCCAUGAGAGAUCUCACUGGUAUAUAUCUAAUGCUGAGGUGCAAGUAAAUUUUGGAAGGAUUCCAAUAUGGCAAAAUUCUAAGAUUUGCUUCUACACACUGAAUUCUGGAAGAACUGUUUUCAAUGCUGGUGGUGAGUCUGAAAUUGAAAAGAUCUCCGCCAACGAAAUUGAAAUAAGACGGAAGGAGUUGUUGCCUGUCUUUGACCAUUUUCAGGGCAUCAGACCGAGCUGGAAUGAGAGAAGCCUUCCAGAAGGAAAAUUUUUGGGCUCUGCAUCUCCUGUUCUCCAUGUGGCUGAAGACAAGCAAACUGCCGACAUGACCGUUUUUUGUCACUCAAAACCAGCAUCACUGAGCUCCACCGAAAGCUCUGAUGGAGGUUCAUCAAGAAGGACUGAAAAUUUGAUUGACCUGGAUCAAGUUUCUUCUUGUUGCCAAAUGCUUGGUGAGAUCUACCCAGAAAGAGUGGAGGCAAUCAAUGCUGUUGAGCCUUCUCAGCAAAACAAGAUUGUGCUAGAAAAUUUGUGUUCAUCUGGAAACUUGAAGCAAGUGGAUUCUCCAUAUGACCAUCGUCUCAAUGGCAGUCGAUUACUGCAAGGGAAUAAGAUAAACUCAGAUGAAAGGGAUAGUGUAGAAGCUGUUGGGACUAGCGACAGCUCAGCAUUGUUUCUGAAACAUGAUUUAGAUAAGAACAAUUUUCUGGAAGUGUCCUCCGAAAUGCAAAAUGCAUGUGUCGAGCAUUCUUUCCCAGAUGGCCACUGCAAGACAGUUGCGCAUGAUGGAAGCAACGUGUUAACUGAAGAAGUAACUGAUGAUGUUGACAGCAGCAGCAGCAGCAGCCAUGAAAGAGAGCAACCAGAAGAUGACGAAGAUGGUGAAACAUUUGGGGGCCUUUUUGGCUUUUCGGACUAA